UUGCGCACUCGGGAUCCAGAGGCGCGGCCGGCCGAGCACCUUCCAUGGCUGCGCUGGGCUGCACGAGGCUGCGCUGGGCGCUGCUGGGGACGCGGGUGGCGGGUCGUGGUCUCCGCCCUCCGGGGGCAAGGACCAAGGCCGCGCUGCCCGCUGCGCUCCCCGCGGCCGAGGCAGCCAGCCCUCCCGGAGCCGGGCCUGGCGACCGGCGGCUGCGAAGCCCGGAGGAGCUUCCAGGGCCCGGGCAGCUGCGCUUCCUUUUCCAGCUGUUCGUGCAAGGCUAUGCGCUGCAGCUGCACCAGCUCCAGGUGCUGAACAAGGCCAAGUAUGGGCCCAUGUGGAUAUCCAAUAGAGAUCCUCACAUCCACGUGAACCUGGCCAGUGCCCCGCUCCUGGAGCAAGUGAUGCGGCAGGAGGGCAAGUACCCGAUGCGGCACGACAUGGUGCAGUGGAAGGAGCACCGGGACCAGCGGGGCCUGGCCUAUGGGCCCUUCACCACGGAAGGGCACGACUGGUCCAGGCUGCGCCAGGCUCUGAACCAGCGGUUGCUGAAACCAGCUGAGGCCGCGCUCUACACAGAUGCUCUGAACGAGGUGGCCGACGACUUUCUGGCUCGACUGGACCAGCUGCGGGCACAGAGCCCCUUAGGGGACCAGGUGUCCGACAUGGCUCAGCUCCUCUACCGUGUUGCCUUGGAAGCUAUUUGCUACAUCCUUUUUGAGAAGCGUGUCGGCUGCCUGGAGGCUCCCAUCCCUGAGGACACUGCAGCCUUCAUCAAGUCUGUUGAGCUCAUGUUCCGGAACUCAAUCUAUGACAUCUUCCUCCCCAAGUGGACCCGUCCCCUGCUGCCCUUCUGGAGGCGAUACCUGCACGGCUGGGACACCAUCUUCUCCUUCGGGAAGAAGCUGAUUGAUGAGAAAGUCAAGGAGGUGGAGGCCCAGCUGCAGGCAGGAGGGCCAGAUGGGGUGCAGGUGUCUGGCUACCUGCACUUCCUGCUGACCAGCGGACAGCUCAGUCCUCGGGAGGCCAUGGGGAGCCUGCCCGAGCUGCUCAUGGCCGGAGUGGACACGACGUCCAACACGCUGACGUGGGCCCUGUACCACCUGUCCAGGAGCCCAGAGGCGCAGGCGGCCUUGCAUGAGGAGGUGGUGGGGGUGGUGCCCGCCGGGCAGGUGCCCCGGCACCAGGACUUUGCCCACAUGCCCCUGCUCAAGGCCGUGCUAAAGGAGACCCUGCGCCUCUAUCCCGUUGUUCCCACAAACUCCCGGGUCAUCGUGGAAAAGGAAAUUGAAGUUGGCGGCUUCCUGUUCCCCAAGAACACCCAGUUUGUGCUUUGCCACUACGUGGUCUCCCGGGACCCCCACACCUUCCCAGAGCCGGAGAGCUUCCAGCCCCGCCGCUGGCUGAGGAAGGGCCAGCCGGGUGCCAUCGGGGUCCAGCACCCUUUCGGUUCGCUGCCCUUUGGCUACGGAGUCCGGGCCUGCCUGGGCCGCAGGAUUGCUGAGCUGGAGAUGCAGCUGCUGCUGGCAAGGCUGAUCCAGCAGUACGAGGUGGUCCUGGCCCCUGAGACGGGGGAGUUGCAGAGUGUGGACCGCAUUGUCCUGGUUCCCCACAAGAAGGUGGGCCUGCGCUUCCUGCAGAGACACGGCUGAGCUGGGCCCCUGCCUUCCUGGGGCUUGUCCCAGAGGUUCUGGCCCUGGUUCUGGCCAUGGUUGGGUCUCACCUGGAGAGAGAAAGGGGGGCUGCCACCCUGAGAGGUUGGAGGAGUUCCGUGCACCUUCCAUAGAACCCUGGAGUUUGUCACUUUUGUCUGCUUGAGUAUCUCCCUUUGAGAUAAAAGUCUCCACCUUGGUCAGCACUGCUUCCUUGCAAAAAAUGCAGAAUAAAGUAUUUUUUAUGGUGAAAA